AAGUGGAAAAAAAAGCGCCGCCUAGUUUCCGUCCAGGCUUCCGUAGAAGGCCAGAAGCUAGCGUUUGGCGCCUAUGCUAGUUGGGAUAAAGAAGCUGACCGCGUGUUCAUCAUCCACCGUCCAAGCCGUGCCGCGUUGUUUUUAGUUUAGUCUGCAAGAGCACAGCAUGGGCAAGAAGCAGAAUACCAAGAGUAGGCUGGAUUCUCAGGGGGGGCAGGGUGUACAAGAAGAACCUGAGGAAUUUGUGGUGGAAAAAGUGCUGGACCAGCGUAUUGUGAAUGGGAAGGUGGAGUUCUUCCUCAAGUGGAAAGGAUUUACAGAAGCUGACAACACUUGGGAGCCAGAGGAGAACCUGGAUUGUCCUGAGCUUAUCAACGCUUUUCUCGACGCCCAGAAGAACAUUAAAGAGAAACCGGCUUCUCUGAAGAGAAAGGCGCCUGCGGAAGAUUCCGAAAUGGACGCAAAGAAAAAGGAUGCUCCAGAGAAACCCAGAGGCUUUGCGAGGAAACUUGAUCCCGAAAGAAUCAUCGGCGCAACAGACAGCAGCGGCGAGUUGAUGUUUUUGAUGAAAUGGAAAGAUUCGGAUGAAGCCGACCUGGUCCCAGCCCGCGAGGCCAACACCAAGUGCCCUCAAGUGGUCAUUGCCUUCUACGAGGAGAGACUAACAUGGCACUCAUGUCCAGAAGAUGAAACUCAGUAGCGGGCUGUCUCUGGG